AUGAUGAUAAACUCUACUCAGGUUUCAUAUUUCACUCUUGAUGCUUACUUUCACACCGGAACUUUUAAGUACUUUUACUUCAUGAUUGUCGUGUGUUUGUAUGUUUUUAUUGUCUGUGCCAAUGUGUUGCUCAUCGUGGUUAUCUGUAGUAACAGAAGCUUACAUGAACCUAUGUACCUUUUCCUGUGCAGCCUGUUUGUAAAUGAACUGUAUGGUAGUACAGGGUUGUUUCCAUUCCUUCUGGUUCAGAUCCUCUCUGACAUUCACACUGUUGCUGCUCCGCUCUGCUUCCUGCAGAUGUAUUCUUUACACACUUACGGAGCUGUUGAGUAUCUAAACUUAGCGGUCAUGUCUUAUGACCGAUAUCUGGCUAUCUGUUGUCCUCUACAGUAUAACACACGUAUGACUCAUAACAAGAUUGCCACUUUUAUUGCUCUAACAUGGCUGUACCCUUUGCUUGCAUGUAUUUUCAUCAUAUAUUUGAAUUCCCAUUCGCAGCUGUGCGGGAACAUCAUUUACAAAGUUUACUGUGAUAGUCACUCUGUUGUGAAGCUGGCCUGCUCAGAGGCCCACGUAGUUAAUGCAUACGGGCUCAUUGCAUCUUUCGGCACAAUCUUCGGAGCUUUAAUGUUUAUUAUUUAUACGUAUAUAAAGAUCCUGAUCGUGUGUUUCUCUGGCUGUAAACAGACCAGACAGAAAGCUGUCAGUACCUGCACACCUCACCUCGCUUCCCUCUUCAACUUUUCUGUCGGAGCUAGCUUUGAAUUGUUACAGAGCAGGUUCGAUAUGAAUAAUGUACCCAACAUGGUGCGAAUAUUUCUAUCGUUAUACUUUCUUACAUGCCCGCCUCUUUUCAACCCUGUACUCUACGGCCUGAAAAUGUCCAAAAUCCGUGUAGUAGGUAAAAGUCUGAUGUCAAAUGUAGGCUAUUAA